CCCGGCUUCCAGAACAGCGGCGGCCGUGCCGGGUGCGGGCUGCGGCGCGGGCGGCGGGUUGGCGGCCGGAGCCGGAGGACCAGCGCCGGGAGCCCGGCCGGAACCCACGACUUGGCGACUCAGCGGCGGCGCUGCAGCUGCGGGGCCCGGGCGCGCGACCUGGCCAGCCAACGACGGGACAUCCGGGCGCGGGCGCCGCGGGCCGGGCGGGCCAGGUGAUGGAUUUGGAGAUGCUCCUAUGAAGAAAUGCCACGUGUCACUACUGAAACAAGAACAAACAUGUCCAGACUGCUGCCACCGUAGGGGAUAGGGCUGGAUGACAGCUCUUCCCAGGGAGUCAGGCGUGGUCUGACCCAGGAGCAGGAAACACAUCAUCACCAAUGACAUCAUGACAGCAAGAGAGCACAGCCCUCGCCAUGGCGCCAGGGCCCGUGCACUGCAGCGGGCUUCCACCAUUGAUGUGGCAGCUGACAUGCUUGGCCUCUCUCUGGCAGGAAAUCUACAAGAUCCAGAUGAACCCAUUUUAGAGUUCAGCUUAGCUUGUAGUGAGCUGCAUACGCCAUCGCUAGAUCGGAAACCAAAUAGUUUUGUAGCAGUGAGUGUGACCACCCCGCCGCAGGCAUUCUGGACGAAGCAUGCGCAGACGGAGAUCAUCGAGGGAACCAACAACCCUAUAUUCUUAAGCAGCAUUGCCUUCUUCCAAGACUCUCUCAUCAAUCAGAUGACGCAGAUCAAACUCUCCGUGUACGACGUCAAAGACAGAUCUCAGGGAACAAUGUACCUACUGGGCUCUGGGACAUUCAUUGUCAAGGAUCUGCUCCAGGACAGGCAUCAUCGGUUGCAUUUAACACUAAGGUCUGCAGAGAGUGACCGUGUGGGUAACAUCACAGUGAUCGGCUGGCAGAUGGAGGAGAAGUCAGACCAGCGGCCUCCAGUGACCCGGGCUGUGGACACCAUCAACGGGAGGAUGGUCCUGCCCGUGGACGAGAGCUUGACCGAAGCGUUGGGAAUCCGAUCCAAAUAUGCUUCGUUGCGUAAAGACACUUUGCUGAAAUCGGUGUUCGGUGGUGCCAUCUGCCGCAUGUACCGCUUCCCCACCACCGACGGCAACCACCUGCGGAUCCUGGAGCAGAUGGCGGAGAGCGUGCUCUCCCUGCACGUGCCCCGGCAGUUCGUGAAGCUGCUGCUGGAAGAAGAUGCUGCCAGAGUGUGUGAACUGGAGGAGCUGGGGGAGCUGUCCCCCUGCUGGGAGAGCCUCCGGCGCCAGAUUGUCACUCAGUACCAGACCAUCAUCCUCACGUACCAGGAGAACCUGACCGACCUGCAUCAGUACAAAGGUCCCUCGUUUAAAGCGAGCAGUUUGAAAGCAGAUAAAAAGUUGGAAUUUGUUCCCACAAACUUGCACAUACAAAGGAUGAGGGUUCAGGACGAUGGAGGAUCAGAUCAGAGCUAUGACAUCGUCACCAUUGGGGCGCCAGCCGCACACUGCCAAGGUUUUAAGUCAGGAGGCCUCCGCAAAAAGCUGCACAAAUUUGAAGAGACCAAGAAACACAGUUUUGAGGAGUGUUGUACGUCAUCCAGCUGCCAGUCCAUCAUCUACAUACCACAGGACGUCACCAGAGCCAAGGAGAUCAUCGCCCAGAUCAACACCCUGAAAACCCAAGUGAGUUACUACGCAGAGCGGCUCUCGAGGGCGGCCAAGGACAGGUCUGCCACUGGCCUCGAAAGGACACUCGCCAUCUUGGCAGACAAGACCCGGCAGCUGGUCACCGUCUGCGACUGCAAGCUGCUAGCCAACUCCAUCCAUGGGCUGAACGCGGCGCGGCCCGACUAUAUUGCUUCCAAGGCCUCCCCUACCUCGACCGAGGAGGAGCAGGUGAUGCUCAGGAAUGACCAGGACACCCUCAUGGCCAGGUGGACGGGCAGGAACAGCCGGUCUUCUCUGCAGGUGGAUUGGCACGAGGAGGAGUGGGAGAAAGUGUGGCUGAACGUUGACAAGAGCCUGGAGUGCAUCAUCCAGAGGGUGGACAAGCUGCUGCAGAAGGAGCGCCUGCUCGGUGAGGGCUGUGAGGACGGCUUCCCCUGCUCGGGCAGCGGCACCAGCAAGAAAGGUAACCGGAACAGCCACGCCUACUGGAUCAGACCGGAGGACCCCUUCUGUGAUGCCCCCUCCUCACCACGCCCCGCCUCCAUGCCCGCUGCUGCAUGCCAUCCUCACCUGACCACACAUUGCAGCCCCCCUCCUGAAGAAUCCAGCCCAGGUGAAUGGAGUGAGGCCCUUUACCCGCUGCUGACCACACUCACAGACUGUGUGGCCAUGAUGAGCGACAAAGCCAAGAAGGCCAUGGUCUUCCUGCUCAUGCAGGACAGCGCGCCCACCAUCGCUGCCUACCUGAGCCUGCAGCACCGCCGCGACACCGUCUUCUGCCAAACCCUGACUGCUCUCAUCUGCGGCUUCAUCAUCAAGCUGAGGAACUGCCUGCACGACGACGGCUUCCUGCGGCAGCUCUACACCAUCGGGCUGCUCGCCCAGUUUGAGAGCCUGCUGAGCACCUACGGUGAGGAGCUGGCCAUGCUGGAGGACAUGAGCCUUGGAAUCAUGGACUUGAGGAACGUGACCUUCAAAGUUACGCAGGCCACUUCCAACGCAUCAACUGACAUGCUGCCUGUCAUCACAGGAAAUCGGGACGGGUUUAACGUGCGGAUCCCUCUGCCGGGCCCCCUGUUUGACACCCUGCCCCGGGAGAUCCAGAGCGGCAUGCUGCUUCGGGUGCAGCCCGUCCUCUUCAACGUGGGCAUCAACGAGCAGCAGACGCUGGCCGAGAGGUUUGGCGACACGUCGUUACAAGAAGUUAUCAACAUGGAGAGUUUGGUGCGGCUAAAUUCCUACUUCGAGCAAUUUAAGGAAGUGUUGCCUGAGGAUUGCUUGCCUCGCUCUCGGAGCCAGACGUGCCUGCCGGAGCUGCUGCGGUUCCUGGGCCAGAACGUCCAUGCCAGGAAGAACAAGAACGUGGACAUCCUCUGGCAAGCUGCUGAGAUCUGCCGCCGUCUUAACGGGGUCCGGUUCACCAGCUGCAAGAGCGCCAAGGACCGCACAGCCAUGUCGGUGACGCUGGAGCAGUGCCUGAUCCUGCAGCACGAGCACGGCAUGGCCCCGCAGGUCUUCACCCAGGCCCUGGAGUGCAUGCGCAGUGAGGGUUGUCGAAGAGAAAAUACAAUGAAGAAUGUUGGAAGUCGCAAAUAUGCAUUUAAUUCCCUGCAGCUGAAGGCUUUCCCCAAGCAUUACAGGCCUCCUGAAGGGACUUACGGCAAGGUUGAAACUUGAACACACGGUGUCCUCUCUAGCUGUCAUAUAACAAAUGUGGGGACCCUCUAGUGUCACACACGAGUUCUUCACCAAGACCUGAAGGACUGGUUUUUACUUUUGUGUUUUUUAAAAAAUAUUUCACUAAGGAGUCUAUGAAGCAUGUUUUUUAUUCGGUUGGAAUUAGUAGGAGGUAACGUUGGCUCAAUAGUGUGGAUAGUAACAACUGCCCAUUUAAACCGCCUGCAGCCAGAACCUCCCAGAUAGAUGUCAUGAUAGUCACCUGUAGGUCUGAGAUGCUAAGACUUUUUAAAUGUCCACUUAGGCAGCUGCUCACUUAUUUUUCUACUAAGUAACUCAAAACUGAGCAUCGAAUUACAAUCUACUUUUAAAAAACCUGAAUGUAAAACAGUAAAUAGUAAACAGUUGGAUCCUGGCAGACCAAUAAGUGUUUCAUGUUAAUUCAGGUGUUGGGGAGAGGCUAGCUCUGGCUCAGGCAGUGAAAGCAGGUGGUUCUACUGAAUUAUCCUGUGAGGGCACAGGCGGGCCAUGGCCGCAGGCUGAGAAACCGCCCAGACAGACUUUAUGGGAAGGUAACCCCUGCAGAGCCGCUCACACAGUGGGGGCCACUCUGUUCCUUUGAGUUCUGGAACGGUGUGUGCUGGGGAACAGGAAGCCUGCUGCCUGCCUGUCCUCUCAACCUGCACCCUGGCCCCACCCUGCCCGGGUGCAGGCCCCCUUCCCGGGCGCCCCAGGACCUCUCGGCAGUGGGGAUUUAUGUGUAGACAGUCGAAGCCUAAAUCUUUCCAGAACAGACUUCCUUUUGUGGGUUUCCCAAUUGUCUUCUAAAAAUCAAUACAAUCAUGUUUGAAGGUCUGAUGAAAGUGUCUUUUAAGUUUGCAAUAAUUGUUACUAUCUUCUCAUUCUGUUAUGUAACGUGACUAUUGAGAAAGUUGAAAUUAGCUCUGAAAAUGAGAUGUUGAAAGGGAUCAAUGGGCCAUAAAACAGGGAUUUCAUAGAAAAUGAUGUCUGGUCAUCUAUUAUAAGAUGAUGAGUCUUAUCUGCACAUAGCAGAGUUUUUUCCUCAGUUUAUAUGUUUUAUCAAUUGUUUAUUGUGAUGAUUAUGUUCAUAUGUUAUUUAAAAGGCUGUAAAAGAAAUAUAUGUGGCACAUUGAAGAUGUUGAUCCUAAUGAUUGGUGCAUCCUUAGGAAAUCCCUGUGUCUAAGAUUCUGGGAACUAUUCUUCAGGCUCCUUUAGAAAUGCCACUUGGAAACAUGUAACAAACUUGGGCCUGGGGAGCUGAGGCACAGGCAAGACUGCCCACGGCAGGACACAGGGGUGAACAGCAGGGAGGGUGCCACUCGAUGGCCUUCCAGAUCCCUGCCCACGCGGAAGCCAGUGUGCAGGCAGCGCUUGCUGUCUCCUGAGGCCCACGGAGGGGACAUUCCCACGGGUUGCAUGGGGCCUGGUGUGGAGGACACGUCCAUGAGGGACGGCUGCAGCUCCUGUCGCUGUCAGAGAAACCCGCGUCCACCACGCCCCCUGCAGAGGUGGGACGGAGCAGGUUCUCUGGGCCCAUCCCUGUUCAGUUUCCAAUAUGGCUGACUCAGCCUUUCACCUCUCACCGCUUCACCCAUUUUGUAAUUUUUCUAGUAUCUUUUAUAUUUUCAUCUUUUUUUAUUUUAUCAUCACUACCUUUUAAAAUAUUCCCUUGUCUUCUUAAGUGCCACCCAUGUUUUUGUUGUUAUUGUUUGAAGAGCAUUAAAUACCUGCAUUUAUCAAAAGGGAAUAUAGCAGAUGUUGAGUCAACUGUUAGCAGUUUUGCAUGGGGCACCUUUUUUGUGAAUUAUUUUCCAAUUUUGGCUUCAUAUUAUGCACAUCAUAAAACUCUAAGACUUGGCUAAUCAGGUAGGAAACGCUCAGGCUCCAGAAUCCCAUCUGAGCCCUGCGGCUCCCAUGCGGCCAGCCUCCCAGGGCACCCGCCGCGCCCUUACCACGCUCGCCCGCCGAGCAAGGCCAGUGGUCGUGGUGCUGGCAGUGCCUGGGACGUGAAGGAGCUUGGAGUUCCCAGGUGCACAGGAAGGCGGUCUUCCGGGCACCACAAAGUAGAGGUCCCGCCCAGUGUGCUUCUCGGCCACUGAACAAGCACGGAGGCCUGAAGACCUGGCGCUGUGGGUGUCAGAGCACCUCAGCAGCUGCCUUUGGUUCCCUCUGAAACACACAAGUACCGUGCAGUAGUUUUGUCCCUGCAGUUGUAUUUGCCAAGCUUCGUGCACUGAAGUACCUUUAUUUAUUUGUUUUGGCCAGUAUUACUAUAUAUGAACAUGUACUGUUUUAUAUAUUCUUAGCUCAUUCAAAGCCAUGUAUGCUAUAAAUGUGCUAGUCUUUAGAAGGAUAAUAAAUAACUGACGAGAACAUUAAACUUGGUCUUGCCUGGCUCAUUCUGUUGCAUUAGGACAGGUUCUCUGGCCGGCAUCUGACUGGACGAUUAUUAAUGGGCAUUGCAUUGUGUGCUUCGGUGUUUGUAAACGGGCCCAUGAGAGAAUUGUUUUAUGACCAUUUUCACUCAAUUGGAAGUGAAGGGGUAUAGGAGGGUGGGACUAAGAGCAUGGACGUCCACUUCACACAGCCCCAGGUACCAAUCCUGUUGUCACUCCUUGGCUGGUGACUGAGCAAGUUGCCUGCCCUGAGGCUCUGCUUCCUCGUGUGGGACGUAUGGACACGACAGUCCGUUCUUCACAAGGCAGUUGUGAGGCGCCGUGGCUGAGUACAUGUUAGAUGUUCCUGGCCACAUCCAUUGAUGUGGGUCACAUCUUCUCUGGGUGCCUGGUGAUCUGCUGCAUCACUUGCUAAGAUGUUUCAUUAAUGGUUUGAUUGUUCCUUAUAACCAGAUUACAUCUUGUGCCUUUUUUUUAGACACAUGUCCCCAGUGACUUCCCUUGGAUAAAUUCCUGACAGUAGAAAUGUACAAUUAAAGGACAGUGUAAAUGUUUUUAAAUUUUUGAAUUUUUCAUACAGGCAUACCUUGGAGAUAUGGCAGUUUGGGUCCCAGACCACCACAAUAAAGUGACUAUCACAAGCAUGUCACACUAAUGUUAUGGUUUACCACUGUAUAUAAAUGUGCAUACUCUACUAUAAUCCAUUAAGUGUGCAAUAGCAUUGUCUAAAAAAACCAAUGUAUUUACCUUAAUUAAAAAUUACUUUAUUAUUAUUUUUUUUAAACUACUUUAUUAUUUAAAAAUGCUGACCAUCAUUUGGGCCUUCAGCAAGUCAUAAUCUUUUUGCUGGUCGAAGGUCUUGCCUUCAAUUUGUAAAAACACAGUAUCUGCGAAGCCCAGUAAAAUGAGGUUUGCCUGUAUUAUUCCCAGAAAGUUAGGCUUCCCACCUGUAGCAUGUGCCUUUUCCUUUUAUUAUUACUGAGGUUAAAAAUGGCAUCUUGUUUCAAGUUCAAUGUCUUUGAUUAUUGUGAAAACUGAACAUCAUUUAUACUUUUAUUUAUAUUUCUACUUUGUGACUUCAUUGGAGUGGUGGUCGUUUUUAUGGAUUGUUUGUAAUAUACAAUACUGCAUAUCAAUCUGUCAUAUGUUGCCAAGUUUUAAAACCAAUUUGUCAGUUGUCUUUUAGCUUUACGAUAUGGGGAUAGAGAAGUUUUAAACUUGAAUGUGGUCAAA